CCCAGAGGUGUCCAUUCAAGUUCCACCCAUCGGCACCGGCGCAGACCGAUCGGCGCACGGAGCGUGACUCUGGUCCGGGUAUAUAAAGCUCCUGAGCUUUCUUGUCCGGGUAUAUAAGGCUCCUGAGCUCUUUGGUCCGGGUAUAUAAGGCUCCUGAUCUGGAGGAACUCAAGCUUGGCUCGGUUCUCUAAAGGACAGCACCGCAUACUGCCUGGCACGGAGGCGACUGGGCUGGAGCUCACACCACCAUUUAAGAUUCCUGUCGCUCUCCUGACAUGACGCUCAAUGCCCUUGGCGCCACCGUGAUUCUGCUCGUUGCCUUCUUCCCGCGCUAUGAAUGUAGGGCUCUCGAGCGCGCAGGCGUGCCCGCGUCGCCGAACCCCGAGUCCACGCAACCGCAGCCCCUGCGCGUCCUCACGCGCCUCGGGGAGGAGUACUCCGUCCAUCUGGCCGACCCGAGCUAUGUGUCCCUCGGGUCCCCGUGGAUGAUGCUGCCCGGCCGAGCCGACCCCUUGCAUACCCGGGCUCUGCGCCUCCAGCUGUCGCGUCUCUUGGAGCGGAAGUUUGGGAACAUCAGGGCGCUGACGGCCGGCCUGGAGACCCGGCCGGACGAGGAGAUGGAGCGGGCGAGGCGGUCCGAGGACCCGCCGAUCUCCCUGGACCUGACUUUCCACCUGCUGCGGGAGAUGAUGGAGAUGUCCCGGGCGGAACAGCUGGCUGUGCAGGCGCAGAACAACAGACGCAUGAUGGAACUCUUCGGGAAGUGAAGGCUGGAUGCCCGCCUCCGAUUAUAUUUUAUUAUUUUUUCGUGUCACCGUUCUCUAAUCUGAAGAAUUGAUUUGAAAGCUUUUACCCUGAAACCCUGAAAGUGAGGAGAUAGCGAGGAGAGCUGGAGAUGGAGACGCAGGUUGUAGGUUCGAAACCCCCUCGGUUGUGUUGUUGGUGUACCGGAGCGUACGAAGAUUAUUCUCUUUUAAGUGAAAUGUGACCUGGUCAAUAUACUACAUAUCGCAUUUGAUUAAACCAAUAUUUCAAUGUAUUUGUUAUUUAAGUUUGUAAAUAAAAAGACAAGCAUCCA